CGGACCGGAAAAUAUUUGGCAACGCGAGCUGUGUGUUUGCAGACAAAAGAACGCCGUUUCUACACCAUUUUCGGCGAUUUUGUGCCCAGAAAAUCACCCAGAAUCAUUCAGCCAUGGAUGUCACACCUAUGGAAGAGGCUAUGAUACAGCAGUUUUCAGCUAACAUACAGGCUGUCCAAGAAACUAUGGACAGUUCUUCACCAAACCCAGCUGCCCAGCAAACUGACACAGCUACUGUCAAAAUGGAGGAGGUAGACACAUGUGAGGUUGUCGAAGAAACAAUGGUACAAGAUAGUACUAGCGAUGACGUUACAAUUCUAAGUGAAUUGGUACCAGUAACUGUGAAAACUGAAGAGAUUGAAGAAGAAAGCACCACACAGACCUCACAAGAGGCAAUGUCUAGAGAUGACCAUGAUAAGGGGGGUGAAGAAAUUCAUUACACCAAUGCUGAAAACGUAACAGAAAUUGUUGAUGUUGAAGAUGGCAAAAGCGAUGGGGUUUCAGAAAAUGUAGAAGACAAAAGCAAUACUGAUAGUGAUAUGGUAUGCGAGGCUGGAAAUGAUAGCAUCGACUCCGCUCAAGAAAGUUUGGCUAACGAUAAUGAAGAAAUGAUGUCAGACGACACAUGCAAAGAAGACACAACUGCGGAAAAAACACAGUUUCCUUGCAGCCAGUGUUCAAAACACUGCAAGACAAGAAAGACGCUCAUAACUCACAUGAAGAAGACGCACCAACAGAAAUUCUUACGCUGUCGGAUCUGCAAAAAAUGUUACGAGAACCAAGAGAUCUUGGACGAACACAUGUUGAAACUGCACGAUGUUAAGAAGAAAAAGCGUGGACGCGGACCAACUUUUGUCGGGCCGUUUACGUGCGAGAACUGCAAGGAGGAAUUCCAGAUCAGAAAGAAGUUCACCAACCACAGGAAAAGAUGCGGCAUGAUUUACCCGUGUCCAGAUUGCUCGAAGGUGUUCGAGCGACCUGAUUCCCUGAAAAACCACACUGUCAGGCAUCACUCAGAGGUACCACCCCAGCACCAGUGUGAGGUGUGCGGCAAACAGUUCUACAAGAAGGACAAGUUACGCCGUCACCAGGUCAUACACGACCCUGCUGGGAAACAGAGUCAGCAGAUCAAGAAGUUCAAGUGUGAAGCCUGCAGUAAUACUUACUGCAGCAGAACUGAGCUUGAGAUCCACACACGAACCCACACCGGUGAGAAGCCAUGUCUGUGUGAACACUGUGGGAAGUGCUUCACCUGCCAAAGGGAUGUGAAGAAGCACGUCCUGCGGAUGCACAGUAACUGGAGGGAGACCGCCAAGCUGCACUUCUGCUCCGUCUGUCACAAGAGCUUUCUGGAGAAGAGCAACAUGCUGAAACACGUCAGCGCCGUGCACGCUGACAACAGGCCCUUCCCCUGCGACCAGUGUGAAUACAGAGGAAAAAACAAGAGAGACCUCCAGCGUCACCAGGUGAGGCACAUGGCCGAAAAACCCUUCAGCUGCCUCGUCUGCGACAAGAAGUUCAACUCCAACGAGGCGCUUAAUUACCACAAACGGGCUCACCACGGUAUGGACAAGACCUACAAGUGCAAGGACUGCGGUACAGAGUUUCACGUGAGGGAAGCCUACAACCACCACUUGAAGAGCCAUAAAAGAGCGGCUGAGAUAGACACGGUCGUGAAUCUGGUGGUCGAGCGUCAAAAGUCAGUGGAAGAAGAUAGGAAAGAGGAAAAACCCGAAGAGGUUGAAGAGAAAGAAAAAAUGAGGACAGAAGAAGUGGCGGGAACUUCGCAGGAAGUGGCCACUAUCAUUUUUGUGCCUCUGACAUCAUAGUAACUCGUAUGGAAUUUUUUUUAGCAGUUUUAGGAAAUAUAUCUUGCAUGUAAGGACUAUUUUGUAUACCGGUAGUUUUAGAGUGUUACUUUUUUUUUAGCUUAGGAGCAUGCUGUUAAAUAUAAUAUACUGUUAGGCUUGGACUGAAAAUAUUUUCAGUUUUCAAUGAAAUCAAGGGACUUGCCUACACAUUGUAGCAAACUGUAGAAUGUAGAAAUGUUACCAUCACCAGUAUAGUAUGAAUGUUGAUUAUCAUUGUCAUAAUGGUGCAAGUCUUAGAGCUGAAAACAAGCCUAUAUGAACAUCUUUUAAAU